UUUCGUUUGCGAUUUAUUUACGUGCGUGCGUGCUGGAAUAGUGUUUUUAUUAUUGGAAAGUAGAUAAUAUUACGUCUGUUAUCUGUGGUCCGUCUUGUAAUUGACUUUUUUCAUACAAUAUCAUUAUAGUUACUCUUUCCGGAUGAUAUAUAUUUUAAUAAAAAUGAAAAAUCACCCACAUUAAUAAUUGCGAAAAAAAAUAUGAAAAAAUGAUAAAACGUUGAUUUUGUUUUUAGUUUUUUGUUUUUUUUUUCUCUUCACACUACCCCCGUGUGCGCGUUACCUACGUCUAAUCUGGACGUCUAGCAUUUGCCCGCGCAUCUUCGAAACCGCCGCCACUGUAUUUCUGUAUUCCCCUUGCAAUAAUGAUUCGAUGAACAUGGCAUUCCCCUAUGUCAAAGUUAUAUUCGAAAUUGGUCACGAGGCGUCUGUAAGGAACAAGCGAACGCCAGAAGGUUUCACUCAUGACUGGGAACUAUUUGUCCGCGGUGCCGACAACACAGACAUACACUUCUUUGUCGACAAAGUCGUGUUUCACUUGCACGAGACAUUUCCCAACCCAAGAAGGAUUAUUAAAGAACCACCGUAUGUUGUAAAAGAGUCUGGCUACGCUGGAUUUCCAUUGCCUAUCGAUAUAUAUGUGCGAAAUAAAGAUGAACCGAGGAAAAUUCGAUUCAAUUAUGAAUUGACUCUUCAGGAUAAAGGUUCACCACCCAUGUCCAGAGUCACAAGAGAAACGUAUAUAUUUAACCCUUCAGAAGACUUUCGUCGCAAACUCAUUAAGGGCGGAGGAACUAGUGUUUUAUCUCAUGAUGGUACUGAAUUAAAAAAUUCUUCUUCAAGCUCUGCUAUAUCAAAACCAAAAUCUUCGACUAACAUAAAUCGGAUGCCAUCUCCACCACCAAAGAAACAUAAAAGAGAAGAUGUUAAAUUGAACAAUAAGUUUGAAUCACUAUUUGGGUCUCCGAUUCAGCCUUCAAAGUUACCAUUGACGACAUCAAAAUCAUCAACUCUGCAAAAAUCUACCUCGUCCGACAAAUCUCAACUAAAAAUUAAAAGUAGUCCACACCAUAAAGAAGAAAAAGAAAAAAAAGAUAAGGAAAAAGAAAAGGAAAGGGAUAAAGAAAAGAAAAAAUCUAAGGAAUUGUCUGUUGACAAAGUAAAAAAAGAAAAAGACAAAGACAAAGAAAAAAAAGAAAAAUCUAAAGAGAGUUCUGACAAAUCAAAAUCAUUAAAAACGAGCAGUUCCAAACCAGAUAAAAAAGAUUCAUCGCAUCAUGACAAAAUAAAAGAUAAAUCCAAUGACAUUAAAAUUGAGAAAAAAGAAUCUAAAGACAAAACUAAGCGCGACGAUAAAGUUAAAGAAAAAAUUAAAGACAAAUCUCAUAAAGAUGAAAAAUCUUAUCACGAAACCAAAGUCAGACAGGAAAUAAAAAUUGAGUUUAUAGAACAAGAGAAAAAGAAGCACAAAAGUUCACCUGAAUCAAUUAAAAUAAAGUCUGAUAAAAAAUUAGAAAAAUCUGAAAAAUCAUCCAAGCCCCAUAAAAGUCAUAAAGAACAUAAAAAGAGAGACAAAAGGGAUAAGGAAGAGAAAGAAAAGAAAAAAGACGAUAAACCUAUUUUUGUCGAGCAAGAACCGACGUAUAAACAUGUAGAAACACCGAAACAAAACACAAAUUUAGACAAUUUUCCUAAAGUCAAGGAAGAAUUUGUACCCGAAUGUUCACCUCAUAAAGCCACUUCCUCACGAAUAUUAGAAUCCGAGUCCGAAGAAGGAUUUUUAUCUGAAGACAGCGAACCUCCGUACCAACCACUGGAGCUGCCAAAGUCCAAAGAGACACCCAAAAAGAAACUUUCUCCUGAAAACAACGGUAUUAAAAAGAAAAAGCGAAAAAAGAAAGAGCGUGAUGUGGAAGAAUCGAGACCCAAAGUUAUCCGAACUGAAAUUACUGAAGAAAUGCGUGAAACGUGCUCGGACAUUUCAAGGUCGCCAUCGCCGUCACCAAGUAGUAAUAAAUUCACAGACGAGUAUAUUAACUCGUUGAAAAAUCUUCAACACAAAAUUAUGAUGUUAGAAGAUGAGGACUUACAACGAGUGGUUACUGUAAUAGCGGAGACGGGUCAUUAUGAAAUUACCACUAAGACUUUUGAUUUUGACCUUUGUGCGCUAAACGAAACCACAGUUAAAAAAUUACAAGAACUUAUCACAUAACUUGUUAUACGUAUCUAAAAUAUAUUUAUCAUAACUUUAUAUUUUUUUGUUAAUUGUAUUUAUUUAUUUGUUUAAAACUCAAUACCUAAAUAAAUAAUCAACCUCUAUUUUAUUAAAUCUAAAUUUAAAUUAUAUUAUAUUAGCUUGUAAAAUAGCGUAUUGUAUAUAAGACUAUGUAAUUUUUGUGUUGCCCAUAUUUUGUUGCCUCGAUUUCCUGUUAUUAUAGAAUAUAGUUUUUGAUUUGUGUGAAUUUUAAUUUAAUUUUGUUUUGACUAAUAUAGUUAAACUACACUUAUAUUAUAGUAGGCGAAAAAAAUAUCUUUUGUACAGAAAUAUAUUUAUAUAUAAAUAUAAAGCUUUAUUUUUAAUCAUACAUAUUUGUAAAUGUUGGGCUCACAACUGCCAAAGAGCCCUAAAUGGUUGUUAAGUAUUACUAUAAUAUAUAUAUUUAUAUCAUGUAUAUUUAUGAUGAUUUUAUUUGUAAUAACAGUUAUUGCAACGACUAAUCAUUUAAAGUAUAUUUUACUUACACAAUUUUUUUUGUCUAAUUUUAAGAACAAGUUAUGUAUUGAUUAUUGUUUAAAUGCGUUUUGUUGUGUGUAUACAUCAUAU